CUGGCGUGGCAGAUUUUCAACUUGCAACCUGGCUAAUUUCCUGCUUCUUCUGGCACCAAAAGGAGGGCGAUUCGUCUCCUGUGCAGCCAAAGCGACAGCUGUCAAAGUCGCAGGGGCUUCUGUGAGCCAGAACCUGAAAGGCUACGUGUGCCUCCUGGCCAUUCAAAUUGUCAGGUUUAGGGACAGAAGUAUCCAAACCACAAGUUCUCAAUACUGUGUGAAAAAUGGCUCCUUGCAAGUCAAAGCGGUUCUGAAAGGCAUUCUCUUGGAAAAGUCUGUGAAGACGCAAAGGAUUUUCCUGGAGGAAAAAAAAAAAAAAAAAAAGGUGGUCAUGUGUAAAGACACAGCAUCUUGGCUGUCUGCUAAAAAAAUGUACACUCGCUCACUGAAGAUUGAACGUCGGACUGCAAAAUAUCCCAUGGCAGAUUAUCGUCGUCUAAGGGAGCCCCGAAAAGAAGCCUCUCGGCUGGGGCGGUGGAAGCUGGGAGCGCUUCAGCCCAACUCCGCGCAACUGGAGGAGAGGUCUGCCCAGAGAGGCCAUUGGAGGAAGAGCGCCACGUGACAGAGGGGUGCCAAUGUUAUUCUCCAAGGGUGUCAAGACCCUGUCAGUUUGCGAAAUAAAUAUUGGGAAACAACGAAAUGCAAAAAGCGACCUACUACGACAGCUCUGCAAUCUAUGGUGCCUACCCCUACCAAGGAGCAAAUGGUUUCACUUAUAAUGCGAGUCAGCAGCAAUAUCCUCCAUCUUCAUCACUUGUGGAAACUGAGUACCACCGCCCCGCGUGCUCUCUCCAGUCCCCCGGCAGCUCUGUGUCCCACCACAAGGCCAAUGACAUCAGUGAGAAUUGCAUGAGGACCCUCCCCGGCCAGUCUCUUCAGCCCCCCGGCCUCACUGACCAGCAGGCCCCGUCACAGCCGCCUCCGGCCCAGCAGCCGCAACCACCACCUUCAUCUUCUGCCUCACCAUCUCAAAAUGCCAGCAGCAACCCUGCCCCGGCCAACUCUACUAAGAGCCCAGCUCUUAACUCGCCCACCAUGUCCAAACAGAUAUUCCCGUGGAUGAAAGAGUCUCGGCAAAACACAAAGCAGAAAAACAGCAGUUCCAGUUCAGGUGAGAGUUGUGCUGGUGAUAAAAGCCCUCCAGGGCAAGCCUCGUCUAAGCGAGCCCGUACAGCUUACACAAGUGCCCAGCUGGUAGAACUGGAAAAGGAGUUCCACUUCAAUAGGUACCUUUGCAGGCCACGAAGGGUAGAGAUGGCUAAUUUGCUCAAUCUCACAGAAAGACAGAUCAAAAUCUGGUUUCAGAACCGCAGAAUGAAAUACAAAAAGGAUCAGAAAGGCAAGGGCAUGAUGACCUCUUCAGGAGGACAAUCCCCAAGCAGAAGCCCUGUCCCUCCAGCUGCUGGGGGAUAUCUAAACUCUAUGCAUUCUUUGGUAAACAGUGUACCCUACGAGCCCCAGUCACCUCCGCCAUUUAACAAGCCUCAUCAAAAUACCUACGGCAUCCCUGCAUCAUAUACCGCUCCUCUUAAUAAUUGCCCACCUCCUCAAAAGAGAUACACGGGGACAGCAGCUGUGACACCUGAAUAUGAUACUCAUCCUCUUCAAGGCAACGGUUAUGGGAAUCCACAUAUACAGGGAAGCCCCGUCUACGUAGGGGGCAACUACGUGGAGACCAUGACCAAUUCUGGGCCUUCCAUCUUUGGUCUAACUCAUCUCCCUCAUCCUCCCUCUGCCAACAUGGACUACAGUGGGCCAAUGGCAAACAAUCACCACCAUGGACCUUGUGAUCCGCAUCCAACAUACACAGACCUUACCGCUCACCAUCCUUCUCAGGGAAGAAUUCAGGAAGCGCCCAAACUCACCCAUCUGUAAGAGACAGGAGUAACUAAGUGGAACACCAAGCCCCCAACUUUUGGAAAGUACUCACCCUUUCCCUCCCCCUUCCCACCCCCCAUGUGCCUGCCCCUCUCCUUCUUGUUUCUUUUGUUCGUUUUGUUUGUUCUGUUUCCUUUGGUAAAAGAGUUUUCUAGUUUAUGUGACGUAGCAAUAUUUGUUGCUUGAAUUGCUCUAUAGUUUCACUAGUGGAUAUUUAUCUUCUUGAACUGUAGCCUUGUGUCUCACUUUGGGAGUGUGCAGAGGCUUUAUACUUUACCUUCUACACUUUUAUCAAAACAGGGUAUAUGAACAAAUUUUCUAUAAAAGGAAUUCUUAAAUGUGAAUUUGUUCGUACAUGAUUGAUCCCACGGGGAAGCAAUUUUUUUUAUUGCACUUCUUUUAAAUAGCGAGAAAGACAUCAAAAGCGCUUGGACAGGGACUCCCUGGACAAUUAUUAAUACGUGUAAGUCUUUCAAUGUGUGUAUGCUGGUGAACAUUCAGAUUUAUUUAUAUUUUUUUUUGCAAACAUUGAAUAAUCUAAGUGUUUAAAAUUUUAUUUAUCCCCAUUUGUUCAUAUUUAUAUAUAUAUAAAAAAAAAAAACCUGUACCCUGAAUAUUCAGGAGGCAUUUACCUGGCCAUAUGUUAGGUGGCAUAGUGGCACGAGUAGGAAAUAUCAUCUGAAAGGAAACCAUAACUCCUUCUAUUGAAAGUAAUUAUAACGAUGAUGAUGACGAUGCAAUAAAAUCUGGGAAAAAAAGAUCACGGUUUGAAUACUUCAUGCUUGUAACACUCAGCUAGGCGGAAAGCGUGUGAAGCUGAAAAGGCUAGGUUUGUUUUGAAAGUUAUACAUUCCUUGCUGCUCACGUUCUGAAAAAAAAGAAAAUAAAGUUUUUAUUCUGAAUAAUAAAGAGUUAAGAACAUGUUCUUUGCAGCGCAAGGGAAGGGAGAGCCCUUCAUGACGUGGUGAGUUGGGAAACUCGUCUGUAAACUCACACGAGGAUCCUCUUGCCCACCCGAGGGCCCCGCGACGCCUUUUCAGCGGUUCAUAGACAGGGAAAGGGGUAUUUUUUUUCCUUCUUUCCAGCGGCCCCUGCCGCCCCCUCGCCGCCGCCCCCCGGCCCCCUCCCUGGGGCUCCGGAGGGAACACUGUCCGCGGGGAGCGUCCCCUGUCCCCUCCCCGGGGGCGUGGGGGUGCGAGUCCCUGUGUGGGAAGCGCAUGGGAGCCGAGCGAGGGAGAGAGCCCCGCGUGGGGGCGGAGGGGCCACCUCGUCCCCGAGCUCUUGGUGAACGGGGG